AUCGUUGGCUUACUCAUUACAAGAAUAGGGAAAUUUAUAACGAAUAGACUGGCAGUUAUUUUACUAUGAUACUAUUGAUAGUUCUUUAUUUUAUAUGAAUUAUUUAAUAACAAUUAUUUGCAGCACUGUCCCACGACGAUUGAGUAUCCUAAUUCUAAUUAAUAUUCUAAUUCUAUAGGAACAAUAAUUGAUGAAGUUUUGCAAUUGAUAAAAUUGCAGACCUAUUGCGUCGUUCUGGAUCUACGUUUCAGUGUCGCAACAAUUGCUGCACUUUGGAAACUGACUUUAAGUUUUGCGCUGCUUUGUAAAUAUGUGUUCAGCUCUUCUCGUGGCGUGUACACGUUCGUGUGACUCGUGAGCACGUGUGCGGCCAGGUCUGGUUUAUUUGCGAAAGUUUGUGAUGGAAGAACGUGAGAGAUUUUAAACGAGAAUUGUUUAUUAAGUAAGAAAUUAACACGAAUCUGGUGAACCCCGUCGCAGCAAAAUGAGUACUAUAUUGGAAAAGAUUGCCUCGAUCGAGGCCGAGAUGGCCCGAACCCAAAAGAAUAAAGCUACAUCUGGUCACUUAGGUAUAUUGAAGGCGAAACUUGCUAAACUGAGAAGAGAACUAAUAACUCCUAAAGGUGGCGGGGGUGGUGGAGAACAGGGUUUCGAAGUGGCCAAAACUGGUGAUGCUAGAAUAGGAUUCGUUGGCUUUCCAUCCGUGGGAAAAUCUACUUUGUUGAGCACCCUGGCUGGUGUAUAUUCAGAGGUUGCAGCGUACGAAUUCACAACUCUUACUACUGUCCCGGGUUGUAUAAAAUAUAAAGGUGCAAAGAUACAGCUGUUGGAUCUUCCUGGUAUUAUCGAAGGUGCAAAGGAUGGCAAGGGACGUGGAAGACAAGUUAUAGCAGUUGCUAGAACUUGUAGCUUAAUAUUUAUUGUUCUGGAUGUACUGAAACCUCUUGGCCACAAGAGAUUGAUCGAACACGAAUUGGAAGGUUUUGGAUUGAGAUUGAAUAAGCAACCACCAAAUAUUACGUUCAGAAAGAAAAACAAAGGAGGGAUCAAUUUUCAGACUACGUGCACGCAAUCCGAAUUAGACUUGGAAACAGUCAAAACCAUUCUGUCGGAAUAUAGAAUACACAACGGGGAUAUUACCUUGAGGUACGACGCCACGUCGGACGAUUUGAUUGAUGUAAUAGAAGGAAAUCGUGUUUAUAUACCCUGCAUUUAUUUGCUCAAUAAAAUAGAUCAAAUCAGUAUCGAAGAAUUAGAUAUCAUUUAUAAAAUACCUCACUGCGUACCAAUUUCUGCUCAUCAUAAAUGGAACUUUGAUGACCUGCUGGAAAAGAUGUGGGAUUACUUGCAGCUGGUUAGAAUUUACACCAAACCCAAAGGUCAGCUACCUGACUAUAAUUCUCCUGUAGUCCUAAACAGAGAGAAGAGAACUGUCGAAGAUUUUUGCAAUAAACUUCACAGAUCCAUUGCAAAAGAAUUCAAAUAUGCACUUGUGUGGGGUUCUUCCGUCAAGCAUCAGCCUCAGAAAGUUGGAAAGGAUCAUGUACUGUGUGACGAGGACGUCGUUCAAAUUGUGAAAAAAGUCUAAUUUUACCAGAAACUUCCGCGAACAAGCGUUUACGAUGAUUUUACCUUAUGUAAUAGAAACCGUCGAAAUCAUUUAAAUCAUUUUUUCUUUACUGUAACACGCGGAGUGCCGUCCGCCAAGAUAAAUAUAUAUAUAUAUGUAUAUACAUAUAUAUACAUAUAUAUUAUAUAUAUACAUAUAAAAAUAUAUAUACACACAUAGUGUAUUAAUUUUUCACAGUGCAUACAUAAAUUACAAGAACAUACGAUAAAAAUAAUUUUAAAAAAACUAGUUUUAUAUCAAAUGAAUGUAUAAAAUAUUCGCGUAACUGUUUAAAGAACACUGUAUGAUACUUGAACAAGCCUGAGCGCAUACAAUGAAAUAAAACGUACAU